UAAUAUGUUGUUAGUUUUUAUUAUUUAUUGUAUUCAUAUUGUAUUAUCAAUAAAAACAAAACUAGUCGAUUCGCGUCAGAGCGCGACGUACACGUCGUCGGAAUCGAUUUAACAGAAACUUCACCGUACGACAUGGAAUUUUUCAUACACAACCUCUGCAAAGAGAUCCUCACCGAAUGCAAAACCGAAGACGUGGAAUGCAACAACAACUUCAUCUUGUAUUACCUGAAGCUGUUAGCUCUGGAUCCGAUAUGGAAUCUGUAUCCGACGAUGAAGGAAAUCAAUCGUCUGGACGCGCUUCGGCUCAUUGACUUUGUCGUAGCUAAAAUGAAACAUCAGUAUUGUCCUUGCAUCAUCACGUUAAAAAUACAGAUGUACUUCGAGUGUAAUUUCGAGGAGAAGAUGGUGAUCGUCGGCAACGAGAAGAAAAACUUCGAGACGCGAUUGAAGCCGCUCAAGGAGGAGAUACUCGAGCUGAAAGUGGCGGAGGACGUGGACGAUCUGAGGAAGAAAAUCAUCUACUAUGUCACGCUGUGGAGGGGCACCGGGAAUCCGACAAAAUUGAAUGUGUACCGUGAGGCGAAGCAGGCGUUGUACAGCGUGUACGAUAACAACGAUCUGACCCGAUUCAUGGACAAGGAGAGCAAGGAGACGAAAGAGGAGGAGCUCGAGAUGCUGUGCCGCAUCUGCACCGGCAUCCGCAUCUUCAAUUGGUCGACGGACAAAGGGGGCGAGGGCUUGGAGAAUCUUCCACAUCUCGUCAACCAAUCGGUGCGUUCAGCCAUCAGAGCCAUUCAAGCGGCGUUGGCCGGGACGAUGGAUAAAAUCAACUUUUUAACGACGGCCAUCGACAGCAUCUUUCGCAUUCACGAACUCGAGGCCAAAUCCGAUGAUGAACCGAUACGUUACUCGACAUCUUGUUACGUGCCAUUCGGCGUCGACUACGCAGAAAUCGAAUAUAACAAAGAUUUGAUUAUCGUUUUUCGACAGUUGGAAGUCCUCUACAGAAAAGUUCUCGAUGCCGUCGAGGAAGUUGCAGCCAGCGCCAACGAACUGGACGACACUUUGACCGAGGCACUUGACAAAUUCAACGAGCAGGCCUUCCUCAAAAUCGGUGUUCCAACCGAAAUCGUUUUCCCGAUAUUCAUCGAAUUGGAUGCGAUAUGGAAUCAAUAUCAAUCGUUGAUCAUUUACAUGACGAAACUAAAUCAGAUCCUCUUCAAUCUGGAGCUGUAUACGAAGGACUUUGAAAUUAACGUAGAUAUCGUCCGUCUGAUGCUAGAAGACAGUCCGGUCCUCACCGAUCUGGAGCGAUUGCGUUGGGUCGGAGAUCCGCCCUCUCUGACCAACACCGAAAUCACUCUGCUCACCUCGGAGGACGGCAAAGAUGCGAAGCUGGAGUUCUUGGGAUUCUGUCCGUGGAAGCUGAUCGAGACUCAAGGAGGUCUGAUUCCCGGUAACCCGACCAUGGGCGUCUUCAUGUACCGCGAGAAGAACUAUUGCUUCUGCUGCAUCGAAGGCUUCCGGUCGUUCGAGGCGAAUCCCGAACAGAUUAUAAACGAGGCGCUUGAAUUGGCAAGGAAAAAGUCGGAGCUAAUUCCGUUGCUCGGACUGCACGAUGAUCUUGUGGAGGUGCAGAUGGUGAAGGAAUUGGUGGUGGAGCAGACGCAAGUAGUCGAGAAAGUGGUGAUGGAGAGUAUAAAGAUACAGACAGUACUGCAUCCGGUCGAGCGUCACAUCGAUACGCAGUACAAGUGGAACGUGUGGGAUUGGAAGAGGCAGGCUCUAUCUAUGGCGAACAUCUCCAAGAUGCAAACGCACUCCACUCAAACCCUGAACUCGAUGAACAAAAAUGGCGUGUCCACUCAGACGUACGAACUGAAGGAGUCCGAGACGCAAACGAAGCGCGAUAAUUACACGAACGUGUCGACGCCGCAGACCUACUUCUUCGGACUGAGAGGUCGCAAGGAUGAUAACCAAUUCAUCCUGGACCUCACCAAACCGAAAACAGAAAAACCGUAGAUUUUUUUUGUUUUUGCAAAAAUAAUGAUUGCUUGUUUACUUAUAUA